AUGCAGGGCAUACAGCAGCAGCAACGACCCGGCCCCGUCCCCGACUGUCCGCAGGAUGCGUCCGCGGCAAACGUCUGCCGCGACCCGCGCUGCGACCUCAGCGGCGUCCCGCCCAUGCUGGACACGGACCAGCCAGACUCCCGCGCCCAGGCGCAGUUGUACGAUAAUUCCGAGCGAAAUUCCGACUUGCGAAAGGUCCGCGACGCUAUCCGCGCCCAUUUCAACCUCUCGCCGGCGUGCAAGAUGGUGCUGCUGCUCACAACACAGAUCCCCGCCGGACCCUUCACGACCUACCAGGCCCUACAGGAGCACAUCUACGAGUGCGGCUGGGGCCUGGUCACGAUGAAGGAUAUCGGGAGAUACCUCAAGCAGAACCCCUUCCCCAAACACGUCGCCUGCUACCGCGUCAUGGGCUCGCUUGAGGUGUUCUGCUGCGCUUGCGGCAGGGACGGCGCGCACCCUCGUUACGGCGCGCAGGCUGGCGGCGCGCAGCUUGAUGGCGGCGCGCAGCUUGAUGGCGGCGCGCAGCUUGAUGGCGGCGCGCAGCUUGAUGGCGGCGCGCAGCUUGAUGGCGGCGCGCAGCUUGAUGGCGGCGCGCAGCUUGAUGGCGGCGCGCAGCCUGGACACGGCGUGCAGCCUGGAUACGGCGUGCAGCCUGAAUACCACUUGCAGCUUGAUUACGGAGAUCACUGCGCUGACAUGUACGAUCACUACCUGCGCCUCAGGCGCGAGGGCGUCGAGAUGGACGAGUCGGUUGGGAUUCCGGCGGGUUUCUCCCCGUUUAGGGGCUUUGUGGGCUGCCCGCGGAUUUGA